UACCGCUCUAUAUUUAAGAAUAGUUUAUUCUAGGAGGAUGAAUCUACCAAAUAAACAUGAUCUGGUUCUAACCAUAUGAAAAGAUUAGCGCAUAAUAGUGUUUAACUGAACACCAGAGAAGCAAGUUUUCUACCCCGUAAUAUUGGGCGGCUAUAUGGAAAAACCCUCUUUUCAAGUGCUGAAAAGUGAAAUUAGACAUCGUCUUAUUUGCCAGGUAGACUUAUUAGCCGGGAAAUACGGUAUAUAUCAGAGAGAGUUGGAUUUAACUUUAUUAGCAUUGCAGGUUGAAGAUCAUUUCAUUUCAUCGGAGCAAAAUUGAAUGAUAAUUCAAUCUAGAAGGAAAUAAAUAUAAUGUGAAUUUCACCAGUAUUUUGGCAUAACGCCAAGGGACGGGGUUACUUACUAGCCUCAACGGUUAUUAGGCCUACAUAGAGGCAAAUAUCGGCAGGACCAAAUUUAGUUUUGUCAGAUAGGAAAAACAUUCCAAUGACUUGCUAUGAUUAGUCGCAGGUACUGUGACUAAUUAGAUAUGUUUUUCUUCUUUAUGAACCAUCGCAGUGAGUGAUGCUAAAAAGAGAUAGCCUAUCAUAAGAAAUUAGAUGCUGUUUGACGUUAUUUGUACCAUUCACUCUGACCAUCUGGUAAACGACGAAGAAGUGUCUGUGACACAGUUAUUUAUUUACGCCUAUUUAUCUAAUUUGUAUCGAAAUUUACAGGUAUAAAAUAAUACCAAGUAUCAGUAAAUUGCAGAAUAAGACAGAUGCAUCAGAAAUGCUAAUAUUUAUAUUUCAGUACGGACCGACAAAUUGUGCCUGUUCUGUUCUGGUUACUCAAAAAUGUUCAAGAUUGAUACCUCAAACUGGAUAUUAGUUACCAUAAAUCUACGUAUUUACCAAUUAUUUAGGAUAUUCAGUGUGUAUAAUAUAUAACUCCUGUUCACUUUCUCUUAUUCGUGUGCACAAUAUAUAUUCUAUGCAGAUUGAAAGUUUUGAAAUAUGUCUAAUUUUUUAAACCCGGAAGCUUGUAAAAUAUUUUCAAUAUUUCUUUUUUGUAUUUUUGCAAAUAUUGUUGAGUCUGGAGCUACAAGAGGACAAUAUGAAGUCUUGCUGUACAGACAAAGUGAUUUGUCGGUUACAUUAUUUUGGGAUCUUGACUAUUUGCAUGAGAAGAUUAAUUUUUCUUUGCAAUUGAGUGGAAAUAUAUUUGAUCAAAACUCCGAGCGUUUGGUUGGGUUUGGAAUGUCCGAUGGGGGCGCUGUCACAAAUGCUGAUUUUGUUAUGAUAAAGUAUACAGAGGACGGAGUUUCGAUUCAGGAUUCGUGGUCUGAUAACAAUGGCUUGAUUCACGAGGAUAAUGCACAAGACUAUUUUUUAACCGAAUAUGAUGUCACUGCAGACCUAAUUACUAUCGACUUCUGGAGAUAUUUCCAGACAUUUGACGAACACGACUACCAGCUGGAUAAUGGAACAACACAUUUAGUUUGUUUAAUUGAAUCAAGUACAGGUGACGGCACAGGUGUACCAGCAGACAACGAAAUUUUACCCGACCUUUUGGAAUUUUUACUUAAGUUGGCCUACAAAAUCAAUGCACGCAAAAUGAAAUCGAAAUUUGUCGAAGCCCAGCUUCUGAAACCACAAAUUCCAGGCUCCUACUUUCGUAACAAAGUUGACGGAGAAAUACUCAAUUUCAGCAUUUUACAAUCAAACUUAACUAUACCCGCUGAGGAGACAACAUAUUGGUGGUCAAUUCAUAUGUUGCCAGAUUCAAUAACAGAGAAAGUUCAUGGAAUUGGGUUUGGUGGAGAUAUUCCUGAAGAUAGUAUCAAUUUAAUUCAUCAUAUCAUUGUUUUUUCUUGUGAUGCUAAAGAUGGAAAUGUUUCGGAAUACAGCGGACCUUCUACAGCUAUCAACAUACCUGAUGAUGUCAAAAGGUGCGACCACGUGAUGGCAGCUUGGGCCAAAGGAGCUGAUAUCAUAUGGUAUCCGAAAGAAGCAGGGAUACCUUUAGGAGAACCUAGUCAAUCAAGAUUCGCCAGAUUAGAAGUUCACUACAACAACCCUGCAAGAAUAAAAGGCGUCGUUGAUAAUUCUGGGAUCAAAUUUUUCUACACAAAAAACUUGAGAGAAUAUGAUUCGGGAAUCCUCGAAGUUGGGGUAACAUAUAACGACAACCUUGCGAUACCCCCUGGUCGCAAAGAUUUUACUCUGUCGGGGAUAUGUCCUCAGCAAUGCACUUCUGAGGGAAUAUCACAAGGUGGGAUAAAUAUCUUUGCAUCGCAAUUACAUACACAUUUGGCCGGUAGAAAAGUAUGGGUAUCACAUGUCAGGAAUGGCAAACGACUGUCAGAAAUAAACAGAGACGAUCAUUAUUCAACUUUCUUUGAAGAAAUAAGAUAUGUUUAUCCUUCAAUCAAAGUUAUGUCUGGCGACUCUUUGGUAACAUAUUGUUCUUAUGACACGUCAAAUAAAGCGAAUGUCACGUUUAGUGGAUUAGGAUUAUUGGAUGAAAUGUGCGUCAGUUAUCUUCAUUAUUUUCCGCUUACGUCGCUAGAGGUCUGCAAAAGUUCAACGUCAACACGGUCUCUGGCAAAGUUUUUCCUGUUAGAAAACUUAUUGAAGGGCGUUCCAGAGCACAUCAGUCUAGGUAAUUACCCAGCAAAUUUUAUUCAAAUGAACUGGGACAACGCAACCUCUGACGAAUUAGAGAGACUGUACGAAACAGCUCGACAAGACGUGGAAUGCCUGCAGCACAAUGGAUCUCCAUUUGAAGGAGAAUGGCAUGAUGUAACCGUAAAUUAAUCUUUCACAAUACACCGACUUCCAGCCUUCUUAUUAUAGACUAAAACGACUCUUUUGUCCUUUAUUUGAAAAUUAUUCUAAAUAACAUAGCACAAAUAAAAUAUACCUGGAAUAAACGGA